AUGGCUGCUUGCGCUAGCCUGACCCCCGUCACGUGGCGGGGGGCAGUGGGGAGGGCCUUCGCGGCUCUCUGGUCUCCGCGUGGUUUCGGUCGGUUCUUCUCGGCUCACUUGAAUAAUCGGGUCUCCCUGUGUCUGCGCUCACAGCUAGCCUCCCCUGUCCGACGGUUGGGGUGUAGCAGCAGUAGCAGAAGGCUCCUGGCUGGGAAAACGCGGGACUCCGAAGCAGCUGGGUCCCCAAAAAAGAAGAGGAAGAAAAGGCAGAAGCCUCCCCGCGAGCAGACAGCGAGGGCCUUGGAGCACAAGGCCCCGCCCCUGGGAAAGACGCCUCCAGCCCCUUCUGGGGCCAAGAAGCCAAAGUGGGCUGACAAGGUGGGGGCCACCGGACCCACCAGGACCUCAGCAGGACACCCACCCACAGAGCCCGAGUCCCUCUUUGCCCUGGAUGUUCUGCGGCAGCGGCUGCAGGAGAAGAUACAGGAGGCCCGAGGCCAGAGCCCCAAGGAGCUGUCCCCAGCUGCUCUGGAGAAGAGGCGCCGGAGGAAGCAGGAGCGUGAGCGGAAGAAGAGGAAGCGCAAGGAGCUGCGAGCCCAGGAGAAGGCAGCCCGGGCUGGGAAGGGCGAGACCACCGCGGAGCCAGCGCUGGAUCCGGAGCCCCCGGAGCCCGCAGGGCUGAUCUUCAACAAGGUGGAGGUGGGCGAGGAAGAGCUGGCCUCCAGCAAGGCGCAGCGGCGGAAGGAGAAGCGGCAGCAGGUGAAGGGCCACCUCACGCCCCUGACGGGCAGAAACUACCGGCAGCUGCUGGAGCGGCUGCAGGCGAGGCAGGCGAAGGUGGAGGAGCUGCUCCAAAUGGGAUGUGGCAACGGAGCUGUUCGCUCCACCGCCUUUAGCGUCACUUCAGAGCCAGUGCCCAGCGAUCCCUGGAACAUCUGA